AUGGCCAACAAGUUUUGUUUCGAAGCCAUGGACAAGACUUUGAGAGAUAUCCUCCGAGUGAGGUAUGAAAAUAGCACAGACAAACCUUUUGGAGGACUUACAGUUGUCUGUGGUGGUGAUUUUCGGCAAAUACUACCAGUUAUUCCAAAGGGUACACGAGCUGAUAUUGGUGAUGCAUCGAUAAACUCUUCGUACUUGUGGCCAUUUUUCACAAUUUAUGAAUUGAAGAAAAAUAUGCGACUACGUAGUGGUAAAGUAAGUCCAUCCGAGGCUUUAAAAAUUGCAGAUUUCGACAAAUGGUUGUUACAAGUAGGAGAUGGAUCAGUUUACGAUGAUAGCAAGAAGGAGCUUAUUAAAAUACCUCAGGAUGUACGCAUCAACACGUCUAAUAAUCCAAUAUGUUCGAUUAUUGAGGCAGUUUAUCCGUCCCUCUUGCAGAAGUACAACGACCUAGGAUAUUUUAAAGAACGAGCAAUACUGACACCAAAAACUGAAAUGGUUCAUGAGUUGAACGAGACAAUUAUGAAAAUGAUACCGGGUGAAGAAAGAACAUAUUUUAGCGCUGACAAUGUAUGCAAAGCAAGCGUGAACACAAACGAUGAAGAAAUUUUGUACCCAACUGAAUUUCUUAACAACUUAAGAUUCCCUGGCAUCCCUAACCAUGACAUACACUUGAAAGUGGGCACUCCGGUUAUGCUGCUUAGAAAUCUAAACCAAACAGAAGGUCUAUGCAAUGGAACAAGAUUGAUCAUCACGAAUCUUGGUAUAUGGUCUGUCACUGCUAACAUCAUUUCAGGGAAGAACAUUGGCUCUAGAGUAACAAUUCCAAGAAUUAUUAUGUCGCCUACCGAAUCAAAAUGGCCAUUCAAGCUUAAGAGACGGCAGCUUCCUUUAGCACCCUGUUACGCUAUGACAAUCAAUAAAAGUCAAGGACAAUCUCUUAACCAAGUCGGACUGUAUCUUCCGAAACAGGUAUUCACCCAUGGACAAUUAUAUGUAGCGGUCUCCAGAGCAACAACAAGAUCAGGAUUAACAAUACUAAAUGCAGACGAUGACAUAGAAGACCCUGCAUUCAUUAAAAAUAUUGUAUACAAAGAAGUAUUCCAGAAUGUAUGUUAG